CUGAGCAUGCUCGGUCUUCCGGUCACGUGGCCUAUCAUGGCCGCCUCCAUGGCCCGCGGCGUGAGCGCUCGGGUCCUGUUGUGGGCGGCUGGGGGAUCCUGGGGUGCUGGGGCCAGACAUGCGGCCGCGACGUCCAGGAUGUUCGGGGCCACAGGCGAGCGGCGCGCAGGCGAGGACGAGGCGGACGGCCCGGAGCUCCCCGGGGAUGCGGUCAACGUGGUGUUCGUGGACCGCUCUGGUCGGCGGAUCCCGGUGAGAGGCAGAGUCGGGGACAAUGUUCUUCACUUGGCCCAGCGCCACGGGGUGGACCUGGAAGGGGCCUGCGAAGCGUCCCUGGCGUGUUCCACCUGCCACGUGUACGUGAGUGAGGCUCACCUGGAUCUCCUGCCUCCUCCUGAGGAGAGGGAGGACGACAUGUUGGACAUGGCCCCCCUGCUCCAGGAGAACUCGAGACUGGGCUGCCAGAUCGUGCUGACCCCUGAGCUGGAGGGGGCUGAGUUUGCGCUUCCCAAGAUCACCAGGAAUUUCUACGUGGAUGGCCACAUCCCCAAGCCCCACUGACAUGAGGCCGCUGGACUGCGCAGGGCCAUGGAACCGAAAAGAAAAGCCAUCCCUCCCGGCCCCAGAGCACGGACUGGUCGGAAACGAGAAGUUGGAAGCACAGUGUGAGACAAGAGCUGCCACUGGGAACAAACCAGUGUCCGGGCCCUGAGGGGGAUGGGAUGGGUCUCCAUCUUGGGUGUGUCAAUCCACCAGGGAGAAUCGAACUGUAAAUUAAGGAUGGACUUAACCCAGAGCUGCAAUAAAAACUCACACACA